CAUCUCUGCUUGUCACUCAAAAAAGGUUUGUUUUUCUCGUAAACAAGACGCGCACGCUACGCACGUGUAGAACAAACGAUUCUUUCGUCGCUUAUUUUGCAUAGAAAAAGUAGGAAAAAGCUUUCUAGAUUUCAGCCGGUGAAAACCAAAUCUAAUUCUAACCUCAAACUUGGAUCCACCAAGUUUACCGGACAUCAAAAUGACUGAGGUCGAAGCAAAGAAUGGUAACGUUGAAGAAGUUGGUAAACCAGAGAACGACGCUCCGGUGGCAUCUACCGAGGAAGCGCAGCCCGCUGAUAAUCAGGAAGACGCUGUUCCAAUUGCAAAAACGGACGACGAAGCGCCUGCUGCGGAAAAUUUGUCCAAACUAGAAGCAUCUAUUGUUCGUCAACUUGAAUAUUAUUUCGGAGAUGCGAAUUUAUCGCGGGAUAAAUUUUUACUCGAGCAGAUUCAGAAAGACGAUGGCUGGGUUCCUUUGGAUGUACUUUUGACAUUUAAGCGUCUGCAUGCGUUAAGUGAGGACAAAAAAGUGAUUGUUGAUGCGAUUGAAAAGUCCGACGAAGGACUGAUUGAAAUUAGCGAGGAUCGCGAGAAACUGCGACGACAUCCCGAACGCCCGUUGGCAGAGCAAAAUGAGGAAACACGAAAGGAAAUUUACGCUCGUACGGUUUAUGUGAAAGGAUUUGCCCCCGACGAUGGAACUCAAAUGAACGAGUUGAUUGAAUUUUUUGAACCUUUCGAAAAGGUUACCAACAUUGUUAUGCGCAAAUAUCAUGAUAAAGCUACCAAAAAGUAUAUGUUCAAAGGUAGUGUUUUCAUUACUUUUGCUACUAAGGAGCAGUGCGCUAAAUUUUUGAACAAGGGAAAAAUGGAAUAUAAAGGGAAGGAGUUGAUUUGUAAAAUGCAGGAUGACUAUUUCGAGGAGCAGAAAUCCGAACGAAGGAAAAAGGAUAAGAAGAAGCAGGAGGAUAAAUUAGAUAUUUCGCAUUUGCCUAAGGUAGCAUGCGUUCAUUUGGAUGGAUUUGGAAAGGAAACUAGCCGUGAGACCAUCAAAGAGGCAGUUUUGAAGUUGGACGAAUCAUUCGAAGUGGCGUUUAUUGAUUAUAAGAAAACGGACAGCAAUGGAGUUCUGCGGUUUGCGAACGAAGGAACGGGAAAGAAAUUCAUUGAAAAAUUGACCGAUGGCAAGAUUAAAAUCGACGAGGAAGACAUAACUGUUCGAUUGCUGGAGGGUGACGAGGAAACAGAGUUUCUCCGAAAGGUGGUUAAAGACCAGCAAGCUAAACGACAGGCCAACAAUGCCAGGAAUAAGGGACGACACCAGAAAUACAAUCGGAACAACAGUGGCGGCAGAAAACGAAAGAAUAACGAAGAUGUAGGAGAAGACGAACCUGUCAGUAAAAAAUCGACGAAAGAAGAAAGUGCGUAACUUUUGAGUACGUUAGAUGUUAGGCAAUAUUUCUUUUACACCUGCAUUACUAAGCGGAGGUAAUAAACUUCCCGAAUAUAUAUUUUUCGGUCUUAAGCGAU